UUCCUCACAUCGCCUAUCGUUCAGCUUGUCGUGGGCCAGGGAGAGGGACAAACCAUUUUGACUGCACACAAGACUUUGCUCACCGAAUCGCCAUACCUGGUACAGGAGCUUGAGCGUGUCAAAGACGAGACAAAUCUCCGCAUAGAGCUGCCAGAAGAAUCUGUCGAUGCAUUCGGAUCGUUCUUACAGUACCAAUAUACCGGCGACUACACUUACCAGCAGAAGGACACUGCUAGCGGCGAAGAGGACGGAGCUUCGGAUAUUGACCAAUCUGGCGAUCAGCUUCUCAGACACGCACGCGUCUACACUCUGGCCGAGAAGUUGGGGAUGCCCUCGCUGAAGACCCUUGCCCAUUCCAAGAUUCACCGCAUCAACAGCACUGCCCGGGGCGAGAUCGCCUACGCGCGCUAUGUAUAUAGAAACACGCCGGUAGAUGACGUGAUAAUUAGAAAGCCCGUCGCGGCCUUCUGGUCAUCACGGAGUCAUGUGCUGCGCCACGAGGCUGAGGAAGACUUCCGCUCGCUAUGCCUCGAUGUCCCGGAAUUCAGCUACGACGUGCUUAAUCUCGUGCUCGACGCGAAAGAGAAGAAGGCUCAGCACCAGGCUGAUGGGGAGUCAGGCAUCAGAGGGAGCGCAAGGAAAAGACUCAGGACAGGGAUCUAG